AAUUGCAGGCGCAUGUAUCGACCCCCAUCUGCUGAUCUGCUAUCUUCCACGGCUCUUGUCAUUGCUAUUGACUUUCUCACUUUAUUCCUGGACUAUGGCUGGAUUAGAGAGAACACUUCGUGUACUAGACGCUCUAGGCCUCUUUAUCGUCACUCGAUUUCCAUUUAUAGAGUUAUUUACACUUCUAAUGUCCACUGGAGAGAAAGCCGAGCGCAUGCCGGGGGCGCGGAUAUUCACAUUCAGAGACACAUUACGGCGCGAGUAUGUUCUUGUGUACGCCAAUGCGGCAGUGUUUUUCGUUUGUGGGACGGGUAUGACACUGGAUUUCAAAAGGAGAAAAUGUGGCUUCGCUGCAGCUUUACAUGCAGUAGUUUACACUGCGACCGCUCUCUUUCAACACAAAAGUCCUUCGGAAUACUUGAUUGUCAGGAUGUCUGCUAGAACUGCCGCAGUGUGUGCUGGUUACCUCUUUGUUGCUGGAGGACUCACUGACAGUCAGCGAGGCCAGCAAAAGGUAUUCCAAGCUCUUCAAGUGGGUCGUCAAAUUCUUGCCUUUUAUCUCUUCUGCAAUGCCUACAUGGUAUGGGCGAGUGAAGAGGACCGCCUUGCUCAUUAUAAGAACAUCCCUGGUGGUCAGCUGAUGCUUAUAGCUGUUAUUGCUCUGUAUGUGAUCCCAGCACUCUUCAUCUAUGGUGGAUACGAAGCAGGCUACUUUGGCCGCAUUGCUGUUUGGCAGUUGGUUGUCAUCUCGGCUUUAGUGGAUUUUAACACAAAGUACUGGUAUAGAAGUUCUAGUCAUAUGGAGUUUUGGUCUCAAAUCCAACAUGCUUCUAGGAAUAUUGCUGUAAUAGGAGCACUUCUUCUAUUAAGCAGAGUAAGGAAUUGGUGAAUUUAGUUAUUGACACUUUAACAUACUGGCUAAGUGGAGCAAGUGGGGGAACAAGGCUGAAUACAUACUAGGGAGUUGACAUGCAGUCAGCCUACAGAUAACCUACAAGUUGAGAAUUAUUUAUUUUCUUUUGUGGAUUUAAAAGUAAAUGGCAAGAAGCAAGAAAUACGACACUUUCUAGAAACUGACCUUCAAAUGGACAUGGAUCUCUUACAGCUACAGAUUUUGAUGAGACAUAAUCUUAGCAGUGUGUAUGUUUGAUCUGUUUAUUUUCAUUCACAGUCCAAGAA